CCCGGGGGGCUUGAUGCCGUGUUCCCGCAUUAUCACCCCCGCAAUUCAAUAUCCCCAGGCGUGGAAGUUGGAAGGGACUGGUGUCAGUUCCAUUUCCUGAAGUCUCGUGGGUGCCACAACGGGAAAAAGCAGAAACAGCUCCGGUAGGUCAAUGCCCUUCAUGACCAGUUCGACACAAUGAGGCUGUGACCAAGCUAUAUCAAGUCUACGGGACUGCCCUCCGUCCUUUUCCAGGCUCCAGACCUGGUCGUCCCAUCCCACUGAACAGGAUUCCGCCCGGAUCCAGUACAUCGUCUACCAUGUGGCUCCCCCUCAUCCUCCUUACUGCCACGGCAGCUCCCAUCCUCGCCAACCCACUAACCUCUCCUCUCAACAAACGCGCCGCCAUCGACGACUGCCUCAAAUCCGCCGGCGUCCCGGCUGAUGCGCAAGGCUCAUCUGAUUGGCGCGCCGACGUCAAUCCCUUCAACCAGCGUCUUCCCUACACGCCGGUAGCUAUUGCCGUCCCCACCACCGUCGAACACAUCCGAGGCGCCGUCUCUUGUGCCGCAAAGCUGGGAAUCAAAGUCACCCCCAAGUCAGGAGGGCACAGUUAUGCCUCGUUUGGUCUGGGCGGAGAGAACGGGCAUCUGGUCGUGGAGUUGGAUCGCAUGUCGAAGGUGACGCUGGAUAAGACGACAAAUAUCGCAGAUGUUCAAGCGGGAGCGAGACUGGGGCAUGUGGCGACGGAGCUGUAUAAACAGGGCAAGAGGGGUUUCUCGCAUGGGACUUGUCCUGGAGUCGGAGUAGGAGGCCACUCCCUCCACGGCGGCUUCGGCUUCUCUUCGCACACCUACGGUCUUGCAGUAGACUGGAUCGCCGCCGCCACCGUCGUUCUGGCCAACAGCACCGUGGUAACCGCCUCGCCCACCGAGAACCCGGACCUCUUCUGGGCUUUGCGCGGCGCCGGGUCCAACUUUGGCAUUGUGGCUUCCUUCAAGUUCAACACCUUCGCUGCGCCCUCGCAAGUGACGGCGUUCCAGAUUAACUUGCCCUGGAACUCAGCGUCGUCGAUCGCAUCCGGCUGGGGGAAACUCCAGGAUUGGUUAGCGGCGGGCAAUAUGCCCAAGGAGAUGAACAUGAGGGUCUUCGGCUCGCCAAGUCAGACGCAACUGCAGGGCUUGUACCAUGGCAGUAGCUCGGCGCUGAGGACGGCUGUGCAGCCGUUGCUGAGCACUCUGGGAGCGAGCUUGAGCAAUGCACAGCAGUACGAUUGGCUGGGGGCGUUUACUUACUAUACCUACGGCGGUACGGUCGAUGUUACGCAUCCUUAUAAUACCGUCGAAACCUUCUACUCCAAAUCCCUCGUCACCACCGCCCUCCCCUCCGCUGCUCUGAACUCCGUCGCCAACUACUGGAUCAACACCGCCAAGCGUGUCUCGCGCGACUGGUUCAUCAUCAUCGACAUGCACGGCGGUCCCAAGUCAGCCAUCACCUCUUCCACCACCAACUCGGCCAACUACACCAGCUCCUACGCCUACCGCGCCCCUGAAUACCUCUUCCUUUACGAACUCUACGACCGCGUAAACUAUGGCAGCUAUCCCAGCAAUGGAUUCAGCUUCCUGGAUGGAUGGGUCAAGAGCUUCACGGAUAAUAUGAAGCAGGAGCAGUGGGGGAUGUAUAUCAACUAUGCGGAUCCGACGAUGAAGAGGGCGGAGGCGGUGGGCAAUUAUUAUCGUGGUAGCCUUAGCAGGCUGCAGCAGAUGAAGGCGCAGUAUGAUCCGAACGAGGUUUUUUACUACCCGCAGAGCGUUGAGCCAAGGAAGUAAGCUGGGACAGGAAGUAAGCUGGGACGCGAAGAUGGGAGGGGAAUACAGGAGAGGGAGGGAGGAUAUAGGUUUGUGGGAGAGUAUCGGCGCAGGGUGACGGAGUGAAUGGGGUAAAGGGAUCUCUGUUGAGUCCUUGAGCUAGUGGGCGUGUAUAGCAGGCAAGUGCAGCGUCAAAGAAAGAUCCUUCACAAUUGCCCAU